AUGGGCAUGGUGAAAUGCAUGCCAUCUCUCGAGCAGUCUCUCGACUCCCUCGAGGCCGCUGCAAACGAGCCAUCAUGUCUGGCGAGCCCGCGACUGUUGGGGGAGCGCUCGCAAUCGUUCGCUUCGCCGCGAUACGUGGACAGGCCAGCAGCCGAGCUUGACGAUUCAUCAUCCGCUAUGAGAGCGCUCCCGAAAGUACCCUGUGAGCCUGGUCGAAAUCCCACGAGUUGUACUGCGGAGCAGCUGUCGGACAAGGGCUGGCAAGAGGCGGUCAGCGAGGAUCAGGAAAAGCUGAGUGAACGACGACGGGCAGCAGGAGGAUGCUGGUACGGCAAACGGCCAAACCUGGCAAGUCCUGCCGCAGGCUGCCAGGAUGAAAGCCGACAAAUAGUGGCAGGGCUGACGGACAAGCCUCGCGCCAUGGGUCUCUUGGUGCGUCACUUUCUUGAUGCCUUGCUGUCUUGGGAUGAGCCUCGGGGGAGCAUGGCAAAAACAUGCGUCUUCUUGAAUGGCCCAUUGGACCGCCCUUGGGCUCAGGCGGCGGGGUCGGGCGCGGCGGAGGCCUUCAUCUACAAGAAGGUGCGGCCGGAACCCCUUCUCCCUUCCCCUCCCCUCCCCUCCUUUCCCUCUCUUUUUCACUGCAGUUUUCUCUCUUCGUGUCUUGUCGAGACGCUGCGAGGCAUCACGGCGAGCAAGAGCGCGAACGGAAGAGUUGCCGUGGUGCUUUCUCGGCUACGAUUCAGCCCAGCGAUCAAGGACGCCAUGCCUCGGGUGUUAUACUCGACCUCAGCUUCGGCCAUGGAGGAGGAGGUGACGUCGCCACCCUCCAACGAGGCAGGAUUGGCCACGUCAACCGCUGUCGAGGCUGUCGUGACCUCACCGACUGUUCUUGACGCUCACAUGGCCACGCCGGUCACGGUCGACGAGCAAGGUCACUCGCAGAUGCCGUGGCAUUUUGAGGUGACGGCCACGACGCCGUGGCCCAUCGAGCCAGACGAUGCGUGGUCAUGGUCCGUCGACAGAGCGGCGUCCACGCCGUGGUCGGCCGAGUCGGAUUCAUCCACGCCGUGGUCGGCCGAGACAGGCGUCGCUACGCCUGCAACUACUUUGGCGGCAUCCGAGACGGCGACAUCUUCCCCGAUGGCACUCGAGAGACCGAUUGACUGCACGUGCGUCAUGACCUGGCGCACUCCUGGCGAUCUGGAGGGUUUCGAAUGGCUCUAUGAUUCGCACUGUCCCAUCCCGCCCGAAAUGCACGACGAAUACAUUCCACUCUUCACAUCUACGCUGGAGCCCGGCAGGCGAGUAGAACGGGAUCCUCGAGGUGGUCUCCUCGUCGUUGAUGUCAGGGUCAUCGAAGUGCCCAUCUGUGAGCAUGAGUAUUAUGCGAAUUGGUCGAAUCAGUAA